CCCAACAUUUAAACAGGGGCAGUCACGGCACAUGACAGUGUUGGCUUGGAGGCACGUCCAGAUUGAUGCAGUGCCUUCAGCGUCGUGUUAGAACCGCAGGCGUGUCGACAUGUUGAAAAGCCACAGCAGAAAGACUCUGUUCUCUGCAGCAGGCGCGAGCGUCACCUGCCUCGCGCUGCUCCUGCUGCUCGCGCAGCGCCAGAGGAGCGCGACUGAGGGCGCGCGGAGGGAGAGAGAGGUCGGCCUGCGCUCGCUGCAGAGUCUGGGAGAAGCGGGCACGGAGGACGGGGGUCAGAGUGAGCAGGCCAGCGGGAAGAGGGGCUUUUCCGCGUACUUCUCCAAGCUGACUCGGAACAGGAGGGAGGCGGAGAGGCCCGGCGGCGCAGCGGGAGCGACAACCAGCCCUCCGCCCGCCGAGAACAUCAGCGCGGAUGACAUCUUCAUCGCCGUCAAAACCACCAAGAAGUUCCAUAAGUCCAGGCUGGAGCUGCUGCUCGACACUUGGAUUUCAAGGAACUUGCAGCAGACGUACAUCUUCACAGAUGGCGAGGAUGAGGAGCUGAAGAAGAAAAUGGGAAGCCACGUCAUCAACACCAACUGCUCUGCUGCCCACAGCCGCCAAGCUCUGUCCUGCAAGAUGGCAGUGGAGUAUGACAAGUUCAUUGAGUCAGGCAAUAAGUGGUUCUGCCACGUGGAUGACGAUAACUAUGUGAACGUGAAGACCCUUGUCCAACUGCUCUCUCAGUACCCUCACACUCAAGACAUGUACAUUGGCAAACCCAGCUUGGACCGGCCCAUCGAGGCCACUGAGAGACUUGGGGACAACAAAAUGCGGCCUGUUAAUUUCUGGUUCGCCACUGGAGGGGCAGGUUUCUGCGUGAGCCGUGGUCUGGCUCUGAAGAUGAGCCCUUGGGCAAGUGGUGGUCAUUUCAUGAACACUGCAGAGAAGAUCCGUCUCCCUGACGACUGCACCAUCGGUUACAUCAUUGAGUCGGUUCUGGGGGUUCCACUUACCCGCAGCAACCUGUUCCACUCACAUCUGGAGAACCUGCAACAGGUGUCCAGAUCAGAAGUACACAAACAGAUUACAUUGAGUUAUGGAAUGUUUGAGAACAAGAGGAAUAUCAUCAACAUGAAAGGGGCUUUCUCAGUUGAGGAGGACCCAUCCAGGUUUAAGUCUGUGCACUGUCUGCUCUAUCCAGACACUCCGUGGUGUCCUCCUCAGGUUGCCUAUUAAGGUGACCAGCUCCUCUCUUGUAUCCUCGUCUCAGCUGUGCCUCGGUAUCUGAAAGGCACCUGGGACCAGUGUGGUAUUGGCCCGUGUGGCUGCUGUGUUUUCGCUGCAGUGGAACACGGCCUCUCGUGUUUUUUUCUUACUGGGCUGCUGUGCGGCCCGCCUUUGGACGCUUCCUUCCUGCCUGGUGCCUGAGCUUCCUGUCUGCUCUCAGCACCAAGCUUUGCAGGCAAUCAGCUGCGCUUUACGUCCUUCAUGUUGCUUGUAUCCAAUUUGCAAUUCUCAUAGAAUGUGCAUUUAUAACAUUUUCCAAGCCGUUUUUGCCAGCUUUACACGCUUAGUUCAUAUUAUGUUUUUUUCUCCCGUUUUCCAAAUGCUAUUCAGGAUUAUCCAAUCCUUUCCCUCAGGUUUGAUUUAAUGGCCUAGAAAGAGGGAUUUAUUUAUAUAUGGGUGCUUUUGUCUUUUCUU